GUUUUGGAGAGCCAAAGAAGAAUAAACAAAAGAAAUUUCGCAGCACAAAACACUUUAAAUAUUAACAAUUUUGGCCUGAAUUCCUUUUCUACUCUUGUCAUAUACCUAUCCGUUUAUCAGAAAUUGAGUUUCUGAAAACAAGUGGUACCAUUUUUACUUAACACAAUGCAUAUCAUUUGACCCAUCAAGGUCUUCUAGUUUCGAGGCGGAAAUUCAAUAGACAAACUUGAUGUGGUCGCCGGAGUAUGAUGUUGGUCUUGAGGAAAGUUUCACGGAGCAUGAAUUGUCAGUUCUACAACAGUUCUAUGAAAGGAUGCUUAAAUGUCCCCUUGAAGAAUGCAAAUCGAAGCGUUAUCUCGUACGUUGGCUUCGUGCGCGCAAUUGGGAUAUUGAUGAGGCAGAAACAAUGUUGUGUGAUCACGUGAAAUGGAGAAGUGUUAAUCAGGUUGAUACAAUUUGUGAUACAUACAAAGUUCCAGAAAUGAUACAAAAAUACUUUCCUGGUGGAUUUUGUGGAGAAGACAAAGAUGGCUAUCCAUUGUAUUGUGCACCUGUUGGUCGAUUCGAUCCGAGUGGUUUCAUGAAGGCUACUACACAAACUGAAUUCAUUCAGAGUAGAAUUUAUUUCCUGGAGUAUAUUAUAAACAAGAUUUUAUAUGAGAAGUCAAAACAAUACAAUAAAUGCAUUGAUCAGUUGACGCUUAUAUUAGAUAUGAAAGGAUUAAGCUUAAGGCAUAUGCAUCCGUCAUGGAUUCCUGUAUUUUCAGAAAUGAUGACAGUACUUGAAGCAAAUUAUCCUGAAGUUUUAAGGAUUUGUUAUGUGAUAAAUGCUCCACCGAUAUUUGGAACUAUAUUCAACUUCUUCAAACCUCUUUUGAGCAAGACUACACAAGAGAAAAUUCAUGUUUUAAAAUCAGACUUUCGAACUGCCCUCCUUCAAGUUUUCGAUCCUACCGGCUUACCAGCAUGUUAUGGUGGUAAAAUUACUGAUCCUAAUGGUGAUCCACAGUGUCCAUCAAAAAUUUGCUGGGGUGGUUCUGUACCCUCUUCUUAUUUUCGUAAAAAGCUAUCAGACGAUAAGCUAAGCGCAACAAAACAAUGUGAAACAUCCGAAGAAGUAAAACGUGUUACCAGCUGUGGUCGGGUUAUGCAUAUGAUUGAAGUUGGUGCAGCUUCACGUAAAGAUAUUUACAUUGGACCAGUUUCAAUUCAUGAUCAAAUUAAUUGGUGGGUUUCAUGUGAAGCGAAUGAUAUUGCAGUCGGCAUAUUCAUGAAAAAAUCUUCUAAUAGCAGCAAAGAAGUUACAAGUGAUUCAACAUCAAGUGGAGAUCAGCUAGUUGAAAUUGUUCCAGUAAAGCGUAUCUCAUCCAAUGACAGUAUUGUUCAAGGGAUACUAAAAGUUCAAACACCAGGGAUAUACAUUCUUUCUUUGGAUAAUACUUAUAGUUGGACAAAAUCAAAACGUUUAUGGUAUGAUUUUAGUGUAACCAUCAAUAAUGGGGCGAUAGUGGAUAAGAAUAACAAUAAUUCUAUUCCAUCUGUGCCUUCAUUCGAAGAUGUUGAAACAGCAAUAGCAGCAACAGGUGAAGAAGGCGACGAAGAAGAUACCUGUAAUGCAACAGCACACAGACAAGCCAGCGAUGCUUUAAUGAUGAAUGAUAUCACUGUCCUACCGAUACCAAAAGAAAAUUAUUAUGCUUGUCGAAUGGAGACAGGCGGUAGUAUGGAUUUAAAUGUUAGCAUUCUGUUCAGAUUUCUUGUACAAAUAUUUAUUCUACCAAGAAUUAAACGUUUCAGUUGAUCUAAAUUAAAGAGUUCAAAUUCAAAAAAAUGCAAAAGACAACAGGCAAACGAGAAGAAGAAGAGGGAAAAAGUUGUGGUAAUUCUCCAACCAGUCAGUAAGUCAGUCAGUCAGUUAGAGAGUUGAGUGAGUAAGAAUGAGCUGUUGUCAAAAUCACUACCAUUCAUAAGAGUCUUUCACAAUAUCCUGUAAUUCCCAAUAUUCCAUUCUAUUCUUAUGGUCCUUUGUAAAAUUAACACUUGAAGAUAUAUAUACAUGCAUAUACUUACACACACACACACACACACACUGAAACAAGCAAAUGUACUAAAAAUGCAAGAGUUUUGACAGUGCUCAUUUCUUUUGUUUAGUGCAUUCUUCUUUGUUUUGUUUUUCGGUUUUUUGUAAUAUCUUGGUGUUUUCUGUGAACAAUGAAAGCUUCCGCUUUAUUUCUACACACACACACACACAGACAUUGACCACCUCCCCCUGUCUGCUCAUGACUGACUAAUGAGGAAAUGUUUCUUUUUCUCUUUCUUUCUUUGUUUCUUUUGCAUGACAGUGCAAACCGUGUAAAAUGUUGACAAUACAGCUUAUAUAUGUGCCUUAUUAUUACUGUUAUUAUUAUUAUUUGUGAGAACUAAGUAAGUGCCUGUAUUAUUAUUAUUAUUUUGUUUAUUUUGAGCACUAAACAAACCGAAACAAAACAAAUACUGUUUCUUCGAUUAUUUAUAUAUUACUGAAAAUACAUAUUUUUUGUUGUUGUUGUUGUUGACACUUUUCUUUCCACCACGGUUGUUUGUUUUGGUUUUGCUUUUGGUUUAUUUUUCUUUUCUUUUCUCUACUCUUAAAAAGUAAAGUGGCAUAAUAAGGUGAGCAACAUUGAAGUUAGGCGUCGAGUUCUAGGUAAACAGGGGAAAUCAAUCGACGAAGUCGUGAAGUUACAAAGACUGAGAUGGUUGGGACAUGUGUUACGUAUGCCAAGUCAUCGCCUCUCUCGACAAUGGGCAAUGUUAGCUGAUAUAGGGUCAGGCUGGAAAAAAGCUAGCGGCGGUCAAACAAAAACAUGGCACCAGUCAAUGAAAUCUACAACAGUUAUUCUAAGCCACGUAGGAAGGUGUAGACUCUCCUGACUGGGGUCCUCGGGACGGUAAAAACCAAUGGUUGGAAACAAUUGGUGACAUGGCUCAAAGUCGUUCUCAAUGGCUGGCGCAGAUGUAUCCACUCCUUAUGACUUAUGAUUUCCAAUGAAACUGUUUUGUUCUUCGUUAUUACUAUUCCUUUGUCUCACACCUCUGCUCACUGUUUCUAUUAUGCUUUUCUUGUACUUUCUUCUCUUGCUUUGUGUGCUACAAGGAGGGAGUGUGGCGACUUGAACUUCCGCACAUUUGUGCAAAGUUCUAUGUCGAAAACAGACAGACAGACAGACUCUUAAAAAGCGCUCGUGUGGAUGGAAUGCUUCGGUUGUUUAUUCCUUUUUUUUCGUUCUAAAAGACCAAACCAAACCAAAGAAUAUAUAUAUGAUGAUAUACUG